AUGUCUCUCCGAACAUUAGCACGCCCUGCGCUGCGCGCACACAUGCGGACGCAGUUGCGCCCUGCGCUCGUCGCCCCCAUCACGCAGACCCGCUGCCACUCCCAGAAGCACCCCAAGGGCUUCACGGCACCCGCCCAAGAGGACCUUGAGGAGCUGCGUGACCGCGUGCAGGAGUUUGCGCGCCGCGAGAUCCCCGAGGAGGUCGCCCACAACACGGACAAGUCCAAUGCCUUCCCCAACGAGAUGUGGAAGAAGCUGGGCGACGCGGGCCUGCUGGGCAUCACGGCUGACGAGGACGUUGGCGGUCUGGGCAUGGGCUACCAGGCACACUGCGUGGUCAUGGAGGAACUCAGCCGAGCGAGCGGGAGCAUCGGCUUGAGCUACGCGGCGCACUCGCAACUGUGCGUCAACCAGGUCCAGCUCAACGGCUCGCAGGCGCAGAAGGAGAAGUACCUGCCCGGCCUCAUCUCGGGUGACCUGGUCGGCGCGCUGGCGAUGAGCGAGUCGGGCGCGGGCAGCGACGUCGUGAGCAUGCGCACAACGGCCAAGAAGGUCGAGGGCGGCUACGAGCUCAACGGCAGCAAGAUGUGGAUCACCAACGGGCCAGACGCGCACCUCAUUGUGGUCUACGCCAAGACAGAGCCCGAGAAGGGAUCCAAGGGCAUCACGGCCUUCCUCGUGCAGACGGACUACAAGGGCUUUAGCUGCCAGCGCAAGCUGGACAAGAUGGGCAUGCGGGGCAGCAACACGGGCGAGCUCAACUUUGACUCGGUGUUUGUACCCGAAGAGAACAUUCUGGGCAGCGUGAACGGCGGCGUGCGCGUGUUGAUGGAGGGUCUGGACCUGGAGCGUCUGGUGUUGUCGUCGGGUCCCCUGGGCCUGAUGCAGGCGGCCAUGGACGUGACGCUCCCGUUUACGCACCAGCGCAAGCAGUUUGGGCAGCCGAUUGCGCACAACCAGCUGGUGCAGGGCCGUCUGGCGGACAUGUACACCAAGCUCCAGGCCAGCAAGGCGUACACGUACAGCACGGCCAAGCGGGUGGACGAGCAGGGCAUCAUCCGCACGCAGGACUGCGCGGGCGCCAUCCUGUACGCGGCGGAGCGGGCGACCGAGGUGUCGCUGGACUGCAUCCAGCUGCUGGGCGGCAUGGGCUACACGGAAGAGAUGCCCGCGUCGCGGAUCAUGCGCGACGCGAAGCUGUAUGAGAUUGGCGCCGGCACGUCGGAGAUCAGGAGGAUGGUCAUUGGGCGGGCAUUCAACAAGGAGUACGCCAACGCGUGA